GUUUUCGCAAACCCGAUGCGUCAUUUAUGGUAUUAAACGUUUGCGAUUUCACAACAGAAAAGAAAGUUUAUUUUUGUUUAAUUAUAAAUUGAUAGUCCUUAUUGAAAUAUUUAUAAAAGGUAACGUACAAGUCAAGGAUCUAACGAGAAAUUGAGCACAUAAUAGUAAACAUUUUACCUGCUUGCAAAAAACUCAAAAUAAUGGAGGAAUAUAUGAAAUUGGUCGCCCAAUACAAAUGCGAUAUAAAUGCUAAUGUUGAUGUAAGCAGCUCCGAGAGCGACACCGACUCGUACAUAUCGACGGAGCAAGCGGAGCGCCGUAUUGCUGUUAGACAAACAAAAUAUGUUAACGAGGAGAGCGGAAAGCGCAAGUCCGGAACAGUACGGCUGCCCACUAGACGACCUGAUCCCAACGUAUACAACAGAAAUGCAUUGCUUGCCCGUGAAAAUCGUCGCAAAAAGAAAGCGCACAUGGAGGCAGUCGAGAAGGAGCUGAAUGAAACGCGGAUCACAAACAAAUCGUUGCUGAAAGCGCUUAAAAAACAAUUGAAACUAACGCAGAAGCUUGAAAAAGAGUGCCAAUACUUAAAGGACACAUUGGGUAACUACAAAGAAAACAAAAAUGUAGCAACUCAACUAAAUAUGGGCAUUUCAUCACCGAAUAACCGAGCUGUGUCGCCGGAGGGCUCCCUGGUAUCAACGUAUUCAAGCAGCAGCUACGAGCCAACCAUGGAGACCGACUCCUACCCAGGCUUCCUGAGCGUCGACAAUGAUUAUCAGCCUACACCAGCCUACGAAGAUGAGAGCACCGCCCGAUUCGUGGAGCAAAGCAGCCUUGACCUUCAGGAAUGCCAGCCACUGGCAAUUACGGACGAGCAUAGUUAUUUCAAUAAGUUUGCGGAAAUAGGUUACAUCCCAGCCUGUGAGUGGAGUCCCAGUCGCACUCCGCCAUCGCAGCUGCUGCAAGAUGACGAAUUUUUUAUCAACACAGACAGCGGAUGCAUUGCAAGUCUAUAGUUUAAUUAUUAUUUUUUAUUAACUACCUUAAGAAGUUUUAAACAUAAUUAGAUUAAGGCACUCGAGCGCGUUCUAUUUGUGAAUCGAUAUAAUUCUUUCCAUAUUGACAAUUUUAAAACUUUAUUAGCAUAGCCCGUGGAGUUUAUGAUAGAACACCAGCCCACUGCAGCAGCCCUUUGGCUUCGACGUUUAAAAUUUGUUUCACAUUUUCAGGCCUGUGUGGAGGCGAGUUGGAUAUUUCAUCCAGCACGCAAAUGAUUAAUUUGAAGGUGGGUUUCUUCACAGGAUCUGCAAAUAGUAAAAGUUCCAAUUGAGACUAUGAUCAUCUUUUUGUGCCACUUUUUCAGUUGCGGCCAGAAUUUAGGACGAAACUCGAAAUCUAACGGAUUUCCUCAAUAUAUUUUGUUUCAUGGCUGAGCCCUAAAGGAAGGAGAAGAGUUGCAGGCGUCAAGUGUAUUAAAUACAAGCAGGCGUUUUUUUUUAUCUAAUUAAAAAAGUGUCAAAAUUAUACUAAUUUAUUUGGAUUCUGAAAUGUUUCAGAUAUUUGUUAUCACACAGUCAAUGUAAGAUUCCAUUGAUUUUAGUGGACAGUGAGGCAUGAAACACCGGUAUGUACUUCUAUCAUAACUCCUUAACGGCAUAUAUUUUGUAUACCUUGAAUUAUUAUUAUUUGUUGAUUUUGGAAAGAAUUAUCGAUACGAUUUCAUUAAUAUGCAUUUGUUAUUGAGCCCAAAUAAAGCUAUGACU